AUGCGAUCGGUGGUGGCAACGACGGAUACCAGAAGGAAGCAUCAAAUUUCGACUGAAUUGAAGCGAUUUGAGCAAGAAGUUCGCUUCUUGGAGGUUAGUUAUUGUUGUCACUUUGACCCUUUUCGGCUAUUCAAAUUUCGAAUGGAGAAACGUAGCAGAAGCAGCUACCAAGAACAUGAGACCGCCACCCCGGCUCUAAUCCACUGCGCCGAGCACAUCCUCCCAUGGUUGCACCCAACUGAAUUGGCCUGUAUUUCGUCAACAUGCAAAAUUCUUCAUCAAAUUUCCCAAGCCAUCACUUCUAGAAGAAUCUCCGAUGCCUCCAGAACCUUAGAGAAAUGUCCUAUCCCAUUCAUCAACACCAUCGAUCACAACCUCUAUUCAUUCUUCAUCUACACCUCAGCUCAAACCCUAGGCCUCGCCGAACCAUCUCGAUUGCGCCAACCAUGGGGUUCAAAACCGGGAACUCGACCCGACUCAAGCGUGGAUAGACCAGAACCAAUUCUUGUUUGUGUCGAGGGUGCUUGUGGCUGCGGAUGUGAUGAGAGGUGUGAUGGGGAUUCUGGGNAGAUAUGCACAACACUAAAAUUAUCAUCAAUAUGGUAA